AUGGCAGUUGCUUCAAGGUUCAGAGAAUAUCUGAGCCCUGGUGGCACUUCAAAAGGAGAGCGAAAACUAGUACAAAAACUCGACUUCUUCAUCUUGACAUUUUGUUGUCUGAUGUACUUUUUGAACUAUCUUGACCGUAGCAACCUUACCAAUGCAUAUGUUAGUGGUAUGAAAGAAGAUUUGAACUUCAAGGGCAAUCAGCUUACACAGAUUAAUACUGUGUUUACUGUUGGCUAUGUCAUCGGUCAAAUUCCGAGCAAUCUUGCCUUGUACUACAUCAAACCUCGUAUCUUCUUUCCCUCGAUGCUGCUCGUUUGGGGUGCAUUGACUAUGGUCACGGCUGCCACUCACAAUCCACAAUCAAUUAUGGCCAUCCGCUUCUUCCAAGCAUUGGCAGAAUCCAGCACCUUCGUUGGAACACACUACAUCUUGGGAGCCUGGUAUACUGAACGCGAACUCGGCAAACGUAGUGGUAUCUUCACGGCAUCUGGUCUAGCUGGUACUAUGAUUGGAGGUUUCAUCCAGACUGGCAUUCACUCUUCCAUGGACGGUUUGCAAGGACUAGCUGGCUGGAGAUGGCUCUUCAUUAUAGAUGGACUCAUCUGUGUACCUGUGGCUGUAUAUGGCUUCCUUUUGUUUCCUGAUACUCCGCAGACGACCAGCGUGCCUUAUCUCUCUGAAGCCGAGCGCGAGCUUGCCCGCUCUCGUGUCCCUCUUCACGUUGAACGCACACCUUUCAACUGGUCCUUCGUAAAGCGUGUCUUCGGCUCUUGGUACUUCUAUGGCUUCGUCAUGCUAUGGGUUAUCGCUGGCGAGACGGAAUCGUUCUCCUCGAAUUCUCUGCUUGCUCUAUACAUGAAAGCACAUCCGGGAAAAUAUACGGUCUCACAACUCAAUAACUAUCCCACCGGCGUUCCGGCAGUCGGCAUUGUCUCUACACUCUUCUGGGCUACACUCACAGACUUCCUGGGCGGUAAGAGAUAUCUCGUUGGGUAUUGGAUUGGCAUCACUGGCGUCGUCACGUCGGCAAUGAUACUUGCACCUUCUGCCACCACAGCAUCGACCUUUGCGGCAUACUAUUGGGCUGGCUCUGUUUACGCAUGUCAAGCAACAUUUUUUGCCUGGGCGAACGACGCCCUUCGCUACGAAGAAGACAGCCUUCGUUCUGUUGUCAUAGCCUCUAUGAACUCAUUUAGUGGAGCUGUGAACGCUUGGUGGAGUAUUGUCUUCUAUUCUGCGAACUAUGCACCAAAGUUUACUAGAGGUAUGUGGGCGAUGAUAGGAUGCUCUAUCGCCCUAGCGAUCUGGACAGCAGGAGUCACAUGGAUGUGCGUAAGGACAGAGGAGAAGAGGAUCAGUCAAGGAGUAGAUACUGGCAGUGGUGGGGAAGAGGCUGUUAGUGUGGAUGGAAAUGGUAAUGAAAAGGUUUGA